AUGGCCAAAAAGACGUACGAUCUGCUGUUCAAGUUGUUGCUGAUCGGCGAUUCGGGCGUGGGCAAGACGUGCAUUCUGUUCAGGUUCUCGGACGACGCGUUCACCACGACGUUCAUCUCGACUAUUGGUAUUGACUUCAAAAUCAAAACAGUGGAACUUCAAGGGAAAAAAAUAAAACUUCAAAUUUGGGAUACAGCAGGACAGGAGCGUUUCCAUACCAUAACAACAUCCUAUUAUAGAGGAGCUAUGGGAAUUAUGUUAGUAUAUGAUAUCACAAAUGAAAAAAGUUUUGAAAAUAUAGUGAAAUGGCUACGAAACAUUAAUGAGCAUGCUAACGAAGAUGUAGAAAAAAUGAUUUUAGGGAACAAAUGUGAUAUGGAUGAUAAACGUGUUGUUGGUAAAUCACGAGGUGAAGGUAUUGCUCGCGAACAUAACAUAUCAUUUUUGGAAACAUCUGCAAAAGCAAAUAUAAACAUUGAAAAAGCAUUUACUGAGCUCACAUUAUCAAUAUUGAACAAGACGCCUGGACGUGAACCAACCGAUGUACCUGAAAAGAUUAAUAUCGAUAGGAAAUCAGACAGAUUGUCUAAUCGCUGUUGUUGA